AGGAGGGAGGUGAAGGUGGCGGCGGAAAGAAGAAGAAGAAGAGGAAUGAAAUGGACAAAAAAAAAAAGAGGAAGUGACGUAUCGGAAGUGACAACAGCUAACGACCAUUCUUCCUUUAAUUUGUGCAACGUCUAAUAAUAUGAAACUUUUGACAAAUAUUUCCAAAUUAUGCCAACAUGUCUCUAGAAAUUCUCGAUGCACAUCUACUCUGCUGUUCCCUAUUAGGCUAAAUUCUUUAAAAUGCAGCCAUUUACCACGUACGCCUGCCUCCAUUUCCAGCUAUACCCCUGUCUCUUGUUUCAGCCAUGGACCGACCUCCCCCAACAUAAAAGAAGAUAAUAUUGUUGUAAAUGGUAAUAAUAUUAAUGAUCAACUGAGCGAAACUGAUACAGAACUGGACUGUUUAUAUCGUAAAAUCCAUCUGGAAGUGAAAGGACAUGACCCGUCUGUUAUCAACAGCUACGAAAAAUUUGUUCGGAUGGCCGCCGAGGGCCUCGAUGUUAAGAUCGGUCGUGUAUUUACACCGCCCAAGGUCAUAACACGAUAUACUCUACUAAAAUCUGUUCACAUAUAUAAGAAACAUCGUGUCCAAUACGAAAAUCGGACUCACUUUCGCGUCAUAGAAUUUGUUCAUUUAACAGGAUCGACGGCUGAUACCAUUCUGGAGUAUAUACAGCGGAAUUUACCCGAAGGGAUGGCCAUGAAAGUCACCAAACAUCGGAUAGAAUCUUUACCCGAACAUGUUGAUGCUGCUACUACAGAAAAAUAAGCUACAAUUCAUUUUAUAGCACCCUGAAAUGCUUUAAGACUUUUGUAAUUUAUAUGGGUUUUUUAUAAAAAAAAAAAAAAAUCAAACCGUAAA